AUGGUAGAACAAUUACCACCUUCUCACCUCAAAUCAAAACGACAAAUUAAAAUAUGGAAACAACAACAAAACGACAAUACCGCCAAACGACAAAAAGCAGAUUCAUAUACUAGUCAAGAUCCUUUUCGAUACUCUGAACGCAACUUUAAAUCUCGCAUAAUACCCACUGACAUUAUGGCGCAGGUCGUCGAUACCUCUCAGUUACUUGACAGCAAUUUCAGUCCAUCAUUACAACAACAACAUGGUAUUAGACAUGUGACAUUGGCUACCGAUUUGAGGUUCGAACGUCCUGAUAUUUUUGGCCUUGUGGAUGAGUCUUGGAAACGACGAUCAUUAGAUGCUUUUGUGAUCACUCAAAUACCUGGUUUGAUUAUUAUUCCCAAUCCAUUUACACCCAAAGCACAACGAAGAUUGAUUCAGCUUUGUUUGACCGACUAUACUUUACCACCCAAUACAUCCAACCUUGAUGCCCAUUAUGACCGACCAAAAAAGGGAAUUUGGGAUCUUUAUCAACGUGAAUACGAAGGAUUAUUGACAGCUGAAGAUAAAGAAUAUUAUGUACCAUCGAAGGCUAACGACAAGCAACUAGGCAACAACAAUCUCUAUGGAAACAACGGUGAUGAUACAGCAACUAAUAGAACUCCAUUACUCCCUCCCAGUGAUCUAUUACGAAAGCAACGAUGGAUUACUUUGGGAUAUCAGUAUGAUUGGAAGACGAAACUCUAUGAUUUGGAAAAUGGCUUGCCAAUGCCAGAAGAAUUGAAUGAUUUAGCAAAGGCAGUGGUAUCUGCAGCUGAAGGGAUAGGAUAUAGCAAUGACGAACAUUCAUCAUCAGAAUCAACAACAUCAUGGAAAAAUACAUAUCGUGGAUCUACAUUCAAAGCUGAAGCAGGUGUGAUCAAUUACUAUCAAUUACGGGAUACAUUAAUGGCUCAUGUGGACAAAAGUGAAGUGAAUAUGGAAGCUCCUAUAGUGUCUGUUAGGUAA